AUGCUGAAGAAGCAGCCCCUGGCUGCGGACUUUGGUGUCGAGCCCGGUGGUUGGGUAGAGUUUUGUCCGGUGCCAGUAGCCGGAGAUGGAUCGUUCAUGAUUUGCUUGCUGCGGGCCGUUCGCUUCUGUUUGCGGGCCUGUGGCGCCACAGAGGAGACCGCAGCCUGGAGCCAGGUGCAGUGCCAGCGCUAUGCCCUCUCCGCCAUGAGCCGAGCGCUUGGCUCGUCGGCGACCUGCCUCGGGGCAGGGGAGCUUGCCAUGGUUCGAUGCGCCAGCGUUUCCGUGGCCCGUGCGGCUGCAUGCCAUGUCGACCGGUUUGGCGAGAAGUUUCGCAGCUGGGAGUUGGAUGCUGUGCGUCAGCUGGUCCAAAGAGUCCAGGACGAGUGUUGGAAGCGAGAGAGUUCCGAGCGCGAUGCUCGUACAGUUUUACCACCAGCCUGCCCCAUGGAGGUGGUCUCAGGCGGGCGGCCUGCGCAUGAGCUGCUGUUCAACGAUUUCGAGCGGCUGCUGGAGGAGGAUGUCGAACACCUCAAAGGGCAGGUGGAUCCUCCUCGUGUUUCCGUUUCAGUUCCUACCAGCGAGCUGCCUGUGGCAGUGCGCAAUCCUUUUGAAGCUUCUGACUGCUGCCGUUUGGCAUCACACCUGCUGACCCUGCUCUGCAAUCAGUCGGAGCACAUGUCGCAAUCAGCAUUGACCAGAUUUGCAUUGAUAGCACGACUACUGACACAGAUCCUGCCAAUGCCACUACCUCUAGAUCAUCCUGGGAAGGACACGCGAUGUUUCUGGAUGCAGGAGAUGAAGCAAGAAACCAAGGCAGACUUGAUGAGGCAUCUUUACCUCAUUGCGCGAGGCAAGAUGGCAACCGAUGUUUUUUACGAGGACUAUUUCGUCAGAAGUGGCGAGGACGAUGCGGACCUCCGGCUGCGACACGAGUUGUUUCCGCUCGGAGACGAAUGCGAGUGUCGUAUUCAUAGCCGUACCGGAGCCAGUUGCCCCUGCUCGAACGGCACUGUUAGCUUCAGACGAUGCGGCGUUGCUGAUUCUGCGAGCCACGCAUCAUCGGUCGGCUCGACUUCGUGGAUGCCACGGGUGAAGUCGUCAAACGGGCUCAGCGUCUGGCGGCGACUGAUGGGAUUUGUGGACUACGACUGGGAGGGCAAGCAUGCCGACUGGAUUCCAGGGACUUGUGCCGGCUGUGCAGCUUUCAGUGCGGCACUUCGAAGCUGCUCACGGCUUCUCGGCGACGAUUCACCUUGUGUAGCUGGGGAUGAAAGGGUAAAGGUGCCGGCCUGGGUGAGCCGUCACAAGAACCAUUGGGAUGAGGCGGACGAUAUUGAUUACUUGGUUGACCACGUGCGUCCAAAACUGUCGAACUUCAGUCUGCUGCUGGAGACAGGACAGGGUGUGGCACUCGCAGACAGCGCCUUGGCACUGCUUGCAGAGCAUCGCGAAGCGUACCGCUCACUGCCCAAACAGCUGACUCAUGGUGACAUGGGCUUGGGAAACGUGAUGAUCCCUGUCUCGGAUGCAGACGGCGUGCCUCGUAAAGCAACUGCUUGCAUUAUUGAUUUCACUCCGUACGCAACACAGUCGCACCUUUAUGCCUUCACAGUUACGCUAUAUUGGACCUUCCUCUAUGGUCCGCUGAGCAGUGGCAUUGGAGAGUCGUCUAGCUUGGACGAAGCGCGAAUGCGUUCAUCUGUUGCCGCAUAUCUAAGCACGGCAGCUUCUUUUAAUUUGCCGGAUCUCCGACACAUGUGGUACAUCAUGUUCGUCAAAGUGGCGUGCCGCAUGCUGUUUGUUCCUGUGCUGUGGGCAGAAGCCGAUGUAGCAUUUCCGUCAUUCGUUUCUGCAGACGCCGUGGAAAAGUGUUUACGGGUUCUGGACUGGGUGAUGCGGAACCAAGCGCUGCUUGAGAACAUCCUAGACGUCGACGUGAACGCUCUGUGCACGCAGAGGCAGCCUUACCAGCCAGACUACCCGCAGAGAUCCUCCUACAGCCUUCCAUACCGCUCACCGGACAACGGACCGCGAACCCCCUACGCCCCUCAGUUCACUCCGAAAACACCACCGCCGGCGGCGCCACCCGGUGCGGUUACAGCGUGGCAAGAGGGCCGAGCCCGGUACACACCCAGUGGGGGUGUACUCGGUCUCGGCCCGUUCGGGAGUGGCGUCAGUGUGCGGACGCCAAAGCCUGCUCCGCCCCCUGUCCCGGACAGCGAGUAUGAGGACUCGCCGGAACCGAAGGCCUCUGGAACCAAAAGCGCAGGCACGGGCAUUCUACAUGAAUGGUGCAUCCUCGACGAGUCAACGGGUCGAGGUCCAUUACUUCUAUUGGUUCCGACCUCUAUAGUGCUCAAGUUCACAACUUUAACCUCCGAGAUGCCGUCGGGCGAAGGGCGCGGCCUCCCUGCCGGAGCCAAAGGCAUGGGCAAGGCCAUCUACAUGAAUGGCGGCGAAUGGCCAAGGACCGGACCGAUAUACUUUGAUAUCAGGGGUUGGGGCUGGGGCUUCUCAGAGGAAUGCUCCAUCGACGAGGGAGCCUUCGGUGCCAUCGUGGUGCCCGCUUCGUUGAGUUCCAGCCUCCGCGAGGCACUUGGGCGGUGGUGCCGCGUGCGACAGCCUGUCACACUAUAUGAGCCGGAGCCCGCUCCUGAAGAGGCCCACCAUGCCCUCCACCUGAGCAAGGACGGAGCCGCCAUUUUGAAGUCUCUCACUGCUCCGCUGGGACCCUUCGAUGAAGCGGAUUUGCACACUUGCUUGAGCACCUCCUGGGUGGAAGCGGAAGUGGAUUCGGACAUUGUCGAGCUCUUGGAGGCGCUGCUUCGCGUCUGCACGGAGCUACAGCAGGAGCUGGGGCGCUGCCCGGUUCGGUGGCUGCCACAUCUUCGACCUAGCUCCCUGCCUUGUUGCAGGCGCUGGCGGGGAGCCAGUAUCCAGGCCUGGAGGCGACGUGCUGCCGCGUCACCGCUCCCAAGGUUCACCUUCUGUGAGCUGUUCGCGGGCAUCGGUGGCUUUCGCCUGGGGCUCGAGGCCGUAGGUGGUCGCUGCGUAUUCGCUUCCGAGAUCAAAACAGCGGCGCGGCGGACGUACAUGCGAAACUUUCCAUCAGAUGAGGGCGCGGCUCCGUUGGGGGACGUUCGUUCCAUCUCUGCUGACGACUUGCCUGCCUUCGAUCUUCUCGCCGCCGGCUUUCCUUGCCAGAGCUACACCUGCUACAACCCCGAUUCUGCCGGGCUGGACUGUGCAAAAGGGGAGCUGGUGUGGGAAGUCCUUCGACUCUUGAGAUGCUGCCGACCGCCUGCCGCGUUGCUGGAAAACGUGCAGGGCUUGGUCAACCACAGGUCUGGAAACGAUCUUGCGCAGAUUGUGGCGCAGCUUCGUGGAGCAGGAUAUGCCGUUGGCUGGCGCAGCCUCGAUGCACGCAGAUGUGUGCCCCAGAAGAGACUUCGUGUGUACAUUGUCUGCAUUCGCCAAGAUCUGCAAGAUGAUUAUGUGGCAAGACAGAGCUCGGUGCCUUCACCGGAAGAUGCUGGAGUCGUUCGAUUCGGCGGCGAGUCCAAGGCUUUGGGCGACUCGGUGAUCGAUUGGGCGAAGUUCGAAGCUGCUGCAGCAGAGCAAAAGCCGAAGACAUUCCGCGAAGUUCUGCAGCCGCAAGCCAGCACGGACACCUUCCUGACGGCAGCGCAGUGGGACAAGGUCGUGGAAGAAGAGGGGAGUGAGGAGCUCGCGCGUCGCAAGCGGCUGCUCACAUCGGAUGCAGACUGGGCAGGGGCCCUUCGUUCAACCUACCGCUGUGACUGGCGGCGGGCUUCACAGUUCGUUGCCUCGGAGAUGCCCCGCUUCUUCACCACGAGAGAGUGUGCGCGACUGAUGGGAUUCCCGGAGACCUACGAGAUCGACAGUGGGAACGGGUUUUACAAGCAGAUUGGGAAUGCGGUGGUGCCAGAGCUGAUCUCACAGCUGGCUCUGGGAGUACUGCAGACCAUGAUGCGCUGA